CGUCGCCCAUCGCCGCCGCCGCACCACCAACGCACCACCAUCCUCCCCUGGCUCUUUCUCGCACGUCGCAGCGAUUAAACCGCGGAAGGGUCGGAGGGACCGCACGCACGCGAACACCGAAAACGCAGCGAGAUCAUUCACGAAGGAAGGAGGGGGUUGGGGAGAGACCGAAGGCGCAGCUCGGCGUGGUUGGUGGUGGUGGUGCUGGUGGCGAAUUCCACGUGAAAAGAGGAGUGCCAGCGAGAAUUCGCCGAGCCCAGCCCAGCGCAGCUCGGCCACUCGCUCGUCAUCCCGCUUCAUCAGCCUUGCCACCCGACAACCGCCAUGGCAAGCCAGCAGCGUCAAAGGUCCAUGUCCACAUCCGGGGAGGCCCUGUACAUCGUACUGGGUCUGCAGAAAGGAGCCACAGCCGAUGAGAUCAAGAAAUCCUACAGGAAGCUGGCGCUGAAGUACCACCCUGACAAGAACCCAGACAACCCUGAGGCCGUCGAGAAGUUCAAGGAGAUAAACAAUGCCAAUGGCAUCCUGUCCGACCUGAAAAAACGCAACAUCUACGACCAGUACGGCUCGCUGGGCCUGUACGUGGCGGAGCAGUUCGGGGAGGACAAUGUUCACACCUACUUCAUGUUCUCCAGCUGGUGGGCCAAGUCCCUCUUCCUGUUCUGUGGCGCCAUCACGGCGUGCUACUGCUGCUGCUGCCUGUGCUGCUGCUGCAACUGCUGCUGCGGCCGCUGCAAGCCGCGUGUGCCGGAGGAGUCCGACUACGCGCACGUCAACCCCGAAGACCUGGAGGCCGACGACGCGGCUGACGGUGACACCGAGGAGACGCCCGUUGUGGUGCAGCCGUCUUCAGCCUCUGAGACAACGCAACUGAACACCGACUACAAGCCUCGCUACACCGACGACCCGUUCAAUUAAGCUCGCGGGAGCCAGCUCGAAGCUGCGGCUGUGGUGGUCGGGUGGGGGAGAGGGUGGGUGGGAAAGGAAUGGGGGGUGGGGAUAUGUGUAUGGGCUUGUGUGCAUGCAAAGGCCUGUUCUGCACUCGGCGAUGUGUGACGGCAUCGGCUAAAACCUGCCCGUAGACCGCUCGCUCGUACCGUGUGUUCAAUAGGGACUCGUCUGGCACGACAUGGACGCGUGUUGAACGGCGUCACCGAUCUCGCACACACAUGUAUGUGCGAUCGGUGUAAAGGUCACCACCGCAUGGGGACGUCUGGCGUCUGACUGGCGAUCCACCACGCGGUGUGCAGCCGCACGGUGCGCACGGUGUAGUUUCACUCGCUGCCACUGCCGUCAUGAAUUGCCCCGGUGUGGGAGCGGCCUUACGAACUCGGGGGGUGGGGGGGGGGGGCAACAGUCGUGACACAGGAAUUUGUUGCGUCGUGCGAGCGACGAAUGUGCAUUGUGCAAAACUCUAUGAAAGCAUCUUUGUGGGCUCUACGAUGUGAAUAAUGAUGUACGUCGAUACCAGGUGGUUCAAGCCGUGUGAUUUUUGAUUUCCGUUUUCUUUUAUAUAUGAUGUUUUUGUUUGGUUGCGGUCUUUAAUUCACUGUGUAGGAGUGAUCCGUGUUUGUGUGGGUGUGCAAUUUUGUUUGCUUUUUUAGUCAAACUUGUGAAUCUGUAACACCGAUCCUUGCGAACUUUUAAUUUGUCCAAAAGAAAAAAGAAAAUCCAAACAGGACGUAUAUAUAUACGAGCAUGAUGUGCUUAUUUUUUCUGGCAUUGUAUUGUGUGCGGCGUUUAAAGGAAAGAAGAUGUUCUACAGUGAAUAUAUUGGCAUCGACUCUUUGACUCAAACAUUCAUCCAUUCAACCAAGUGACGUGCGCUUGUGUGUUGUCGUGGGUUUCGUCUAACCCCAGCAAUGGAAUCCAGUCAUCAUCAUCAUCGCCGCCACCCUUCCAUGUGCUGGUUUCAUCCGACCAAAAGUACCACAGGUCCCCCUUCCUAUGAACUAUUUAUUCGGCACGAUUGGUUUAAUCAGCUAUUGCGCUUACACCACGCAGUGCGACAGACUAUUCGUUGAGGGGUCAAAUACUUUGGAUUUGUACAUAUAAAGUAGCCCCCCGCCACCCUCAAAGCCAAUGGUUGUAACUAAAUGGAACAUGCGAGAUGGCACACAAGGCAGUACAGACGAGACGGUGCGGACCAGUACAAACAAGGCAGUACAGAAAUCGGAUCUUGAAUGGAACCGUCACCCCGAGUCGUGGCGAUUAAUUGCGGCGUGGUGGGGGUGGUAGUUUGUUUCUUUGCCCAGUGCUUUAUCAGGAAAGUCUCCCCCGAGAGUUCUGCUAUCGAAAUGUCUGGACAAUUAUUUUGUCUAAGAAUUUUCCUGCAGGGGCAAUAACAUUGCUUAAAAGCUAGUACAUGAAGUAGGUCUCCCAAAGGCUAUCUGUGCCGGAUUGUGUGUGUUUUACCUUUGCGUACCUGUGGGGUUUUUAACUGCAAUUGCACUGAUACUUAAAACACAUGCAUUGGUUAAACAUCACAGGCCAGGACUCCUUACAAUUCACCUUGAAACUCAAUGAGGCUUUACUGGUCAUAGACAAAAAAUA